GCCGCUUAGUGGAAAGCACACAGAUAAGGGUCACAAUGAAACUGAUAAGGGUCACACUGGUGUUCAGCUUACUGGCUCUCGUGUUUGUGGGCCAAACCAAGGCGCAAAAUCUAGCAUGGGAGAAUUGGCUAUCAUGCAGCAAAAUUGGUGCUAAAGCGGUUGCCAGUCUACUGAGAGAAACAAUCCCAACUGUUCGUACUCUGCUGAACUGUGUUGACUUCAACCCACCCGCCAAUAUCGGAACUUCUUACCUUUCAAAACUUAAGUUAUACUACGAGCUUCUUAGGCGAGGUGCGUUUGAAAAGUCCCAGUGUUUGCUUGCGCCCCUAAAGGAAUCCGUGAAAAUACUGAGGCCCUAUGUAAAAUCGCUUGAGACCAGCAAUUGCUUGGGUCGAUAAAUACUGUCCACGAGAAAAUAAACUUCUGAGCAUUAAUAGAGCACAAAAAUCAAGAA